UGCUGUGCAGGUACGGGGUUGAUCCGCUAACGAUGUUUGAAGUGCGAUGGCGCGCAACCAGAAUGCUCUCAAUGCGUGUUUAAACAAAUCCGUUGCAGCGGAUACAAACAAGAAUUCGUAUUCGUGGGUAACACCACUGUCAACACCAACGUUCGCACAGAAUCAGCACAAAAGAAGAAGACCACGUUUGCCAGGUCCACGGUGGUUCUUGAUACUCAUACAAUUCACGCUAAGAAGACUCAACGAAGCGCCUCACCUUCAGACACCACGGGACCAGUCCUCCCCGUUGAGGCGAGCAUCGUUGAGAGUCAAUCCUGUUAUGACCUUGAAGACGACAUACAAUUCAUCAUGGAACAAUUUGCACCCGCUGAUGAACAUACCUCUGGAGAACCUAGUUUGUCGUAUAAUCAAAUCUGCGGGGCAUGGAUUAAUGUUCUUCCACUCAUUGCCAAAAACAGAAGCAAAGAUUACCCCCUAGUACCUGCAAUUAGGGCGUUAGCCUCUGCGCUCCGCCGGCACUCCGAUGUUGAUGUCGAUGGACAAGGGUGCCGGCCCCGGAUAGUCGAGGUGUACUGCGAGUCGCUUAGGCAUAUGGGCAGAGCAAUAGCAGAAGCGCGAGGCGCAUCGAGCAUCGAGCACAUUACUGCGAUCAUGUGUUUAGCAGAUACCGACAUCAUAGCCCCAGAGUUAAAGUCCGGUUGGAUGACACAUGUAAGAGCUGUUGGAGACAUGUUAGAACGCCUAGGACCUACAGCCUUCAGCAUUGGAACAAUGCAUACGAUGUUUAUUGGGUUUAGACCUCUGCUUCUAUUGAGCUCGAUACUCCACCGACAUGGAACAUUUCUUGCGCGAGAAGAAUGGAUCACUGAGCCGUUUCAAGGACAACCUGUGUCCAUAAUCCAGCAGCUUCUGAACAGAGCCUGCAGUCUUCCGGCACUAUUGGAGAGAUUCUGCGAGAUCAAUCACAUAUCGAGCCUUCCGGACCUUGUUACGGUUAACCAGCUUGAACAGGAUUUUCACGCCGUCCUUUCCAGACUUCGGGAGUGGGAACAGACGUUCAAAUCCCAAGUGUCGCAUCCUUUGUUUUGGUCAAGGUCUGACCCCGAGACUUGGUCUUUACCAGGUGCGAAUGCUCUCUGGUUUCCGAAUAUGAUGACAGCAACUAGUCUCACGCAUUAUUGGGCUUUCGAGAUUGUUGUGAGAACACAUAUCAGCGCUUUGCACCAGAUUGCUUCUACAGCAAAGGGACAUAAUUCUCAAACCCACACAAAUGUAUACACGGAAGCUUCUGCGGAAUACUCACUUCUAGUUCUGGCCGAUAUGAUCUGUGACAGCACCUCAUAUCUCCUGCAGCCAGUAUUCAAGUAUCACGGACUCUGGUCUGCUUUCUUCACCCUUCCUACAGCUUUGCGCGUGUUCAGACAAGAGCAGGUUCUUAGUAGCAGCCGAGCCAGGCGCUCUCAACGGAUAGCCAAACUGCUAGCUAGCAGAGAUGUUUACUUCCCGGAAAACUACCUAGUUUAAAAGAUUCCAUAGUUAUAUAGCUUCAUGCAUGUAUGUGUAACAAUCCGUUAUCCAAUGCUAGCGUGAAGCGACAAUCAAGGUCUGUCCUCUGCAUUGGGCAUGAUAUACAAGACUUCAACUACCAUAGAUGCAGAGGUUGAAGCGAUGAGGAAGCCUGUCUAUACUGAACGUUCGGCGCGAUCG